AUGGCUCCCAUCACCAAAGAGACCGACUGGCUCGUCAUCGGCGGCGGCAGCGGAGGCCUGGGUGCUGCUCGCAUGGCCGCGUCCAAGUACGGCGUCAAGUCCAUGAUUGUGGAGAACUCACGCCUGGGAGGAACCUGCGUCAAUGUUGGAUGCGUCCCCAAAAAGGUCACUUACAACGCGGCCGCGCUCGCCGAGGCCAUCCACGACUCAAAACACUACGGCUUCUCCGUCCAGGAGACGGCGCCCUUUGACUGGACGACGUUCAAGACCAAGCGCGACGCGUACAUCAAGCGGUUGAACGGCAUCUACGAGAAGAACCUCGGAAACGACAAGGUCGAGUACCUGCACGGAUGGGGUCGCCUGCUGUCGCGGAACCAGGCCGAGGUGACGCUCGACGACGGCUCCAAGGUGGUGGUCAACGCCAAGAAGAUCCUCAUCGCCGUCGGCGGCAAGCCCACGCCCCCUCCCGAGAUCCCCGGAGCCGAGUACGGCAUCAACAGCGACGGCUUCUUCGACAUUGCGAAGCAGCCCAAGAAGGUGGCCAUUAUUGGCGCCGGCUACAUCGCCGUCGAAUUUGCCGGCAUGUUCAACGCGCUGGGCACCGAGACCCAUCUCUUCAUCCGAUACAACACCUUCCUGCGGCACUUUGAUCCCAUGAUCCAGGAGACCGUCACCAAGGAGUACGAGCGCCUGGGCGUCCACCUGCACAAGCAGUCGCAGGCGACAAAGGUCGAAAAGGACGCCAACGGCAAGCUGUCCGUCACAUACCGCGACGCCGACGGCAACGAGAGCACCGUCCACGAGGUUGACCACCUCAUCUGGGCCGUCGGCCGGACGCCCUUGACCAAGGGCAUCGGCUUGGAGGAGGCCGGCGUCAAGCUCAACGAGAAGGGAUACAUUGUCGUGGACGACUACCAGAACACCAGCGUCGACAACAUUUACGCGCUGGGCGACGUCACCGGCCAGGUCGAGCUGACGCCGGUUGCCAUUGCCGCCGGACGUCGUCUCGCGCACCGACUCUUCGGACCGCCUCAGUUCUCCAACCUCAAGCUGAGCUACGAGAACAUCCCGUCCGUCGUGUUUUCGCACCCCGAAGUCGGCGCGGUCGGCCUGACGGAGCCGCAGGCCGUCGAGAAGUACGGCAGGGAGAACCUCAAGAUUUACAAGACGGCCUUUACCGCCAUGUACUACGCCAUGAUGGACCCGGAGAGCAAGGGUCCCACGAGCUACAAGCUGAUCACGGCGGGCCCGGAGGAGAAGGUCGUCGGGCUGCACAUCAUGGGCCAGGGAAGCGCCGAGAUGCUGCAGGGCUUUGGCGUCGCCAUCAAGAUGGGCGCGACCAAGGAGGACUUUGACAACUGCGUGGCCAUCCACCCGACGAGCGCGGAGGAGCUGGUGACGAUGAAAUGA